CGUCGAUCCAAAUGUGCUGGGACGUGUGCGGUAGAGUCUGGUAGAGUCGCGGCCCAAAUGUUACUGUGACUGGCAGCACCGCGUGAAACCUUUGCAGUAAGAUUAAAGUCUGCGUCAUCCACGUCGUUCCUCUUGACCAGCCGCCAGUCGGAAUUUGCAGUGGCUGCAUACACCUAAUCUUUCCUGGUGCGCCGCGGGCGCGCAUUGGUCGAGACCGGCACUUGGCAUACCCGAAAUUAAUCUGCGCAGUGUAGUGCGAAGAACUCAACGUCCACGGCUGUGCAAUGUUCAUAAAACCGUUCAAAAUCAAGUCCAACGUUCGGCUUAGAAACACCGACCGCAAGCGCCUUCGCUCCCAACUGGAGUCCCAAUACCCUCACCUAAGUGCGAGUCAACUGGACGAGCUAUGCCCCAUUGGGCGAGGUGGGGAGCUGUUCCAGCUGCGUCUGCUAUGCCACGGGGGCGAGUCUGUGGUUGCAUACAGCCUGGACUCUGAGCCCCUGUUCUUCGAGCAUGCGGGGGGCCACCUGGUGCCCAGUCUGUACACCUUGUGGCGCCUGCCGUCCCUGCUGCCUUACCUCUGCACGUGGAAACCUGUGAUUGAACGGCUGGCAGGUGGCGCAGACCUUAUGGCACCGGGGCUGGCUGGCUGCAGCGAGCGCUUCUCCGAGGCUCGUCUGGGCGACGCAGUGGCAGUCCGAGUGGCCGGAGAGGGCCGGGCAGCCGUAGCUGUGGGGCGGCUCCUGCAGAGCCCCAAGGCCCUGGCGGCUGAGCAGCGAGCUGGCAAGGCUGUUGCCAUCGAGCACGUCCUAGGUGACCAGCUCUGGGCGCACGGUGGCAAGCGGCCAUUGCCUCGGGUUGAUGGCGACAGCAGUGGUGAAGAAGAGGAUGAGGAGAACCAGCAGCCUGAGUCCCAAGAAACCAACAGCCAAGCAGUGGCAGCAGAAGAGAACUCUUCAGCUGCAGGUGAAGGGAACUCUGCACCUUCGGAGGAGCCAGCAGCAACGGAAGCACAGCCGGAACAGUCGGAGGAUGCUCAAGAACAACAGCAGGUGGAGGAGACGGCGGACACAAUGGACGCCCUGCUGGAGAGCUGUGUGCUGUCUGCGUUGAGAUCCAAGCUGCCGUUGCCACUGCUUGCGAGCAGCCUCUACAGCGGCCACGUCCUCCCGCGCUGUCCGCCGGGUCGGCAGAUCGACAUCCGCCGCACCUCCUACAAAAAGCUGUCCACCUACCUGGCACACUUGCAGUCGGAAGGUCUGCUGGCGCUGAAGGAGACCAGUCCCGGUGUCCAGAGCAUUGUGUCAGUUUGCAGGGAACAUCCCCGGCUCCGCGGCUUCUCCCAGAUGCAGCUGCCACCGGCUGAGCCACCCAAGGAGGACGGGUACCGUUUUCCCACCAUCAGGGAGCUGCGCUCCAUCACAGCGGCUGUGCUACCCCUGUUCCCACGUCGCAACAAAGGACAUGCACUUGGGCUGGACGAAGUGAAAGCCACCAUACGGAGCUACGUAAAGGAAAACGAACUGCAAGAUCCAGACGACAAAAGCCUGGUGCAGAUGGACCCUCGGCUGAGUGAUGCGGCGGCCUGCUCAUCGGAAAAGCUCAGUUGGGAGGAGCUGUUCAGCAGGGUGUUGUCGCGGAUGCAGCCUGCACACGAGGUGACGCCCGCAGGCGGCGGUGCGCCCGUGGUCCACCGUGGUGCCCUGCCCUUCAUUUCGUUCACGGUGGCCCAGCGGACGGGCAACAAGAAGGUGACCCUUGUCGAGGGUCUCGAGACAUACGGCAUCGACGUUGCACAUCUGGCCCACGAGGUUCAAGUGGGCGUGGCGGCCAGCGUGUCCCUGACCCCUCUGGCCAACGGCAAGCAGCAACUUCUGGUCCAGGGCAACCAGGUUGUUUUCCUGGAGAGGCUGCUCACUGGUCCAUCGUACGGUGUGCCACGCAAGUACCUCAAGGGCUUGGAACAAGCGCCAGGAAAGAAGAAAGGAGGCUCCCGUAAAUGAACUUGAGUGCUGAUUUCACUCAUCGGCAGAGACAGUGGUGCCAUCUCUUUCUCGGAAGGCUGCCUCCUGACCAAUCAUGGCUUCCCGUCUUUGGUCAGGCAUCCGCAAUGACUGGACUUGAGUGGCAUGUCCUGCCAAAUGAGAAGAGAGCGAACAAGAGCUAAAAGAUGCACUUUCCGUGAAGACCUGUUCCAAUAUGGCAUGACCCUGACUCAUGCUGAACUUGGACAAGUUGGUUUGCCCUCAUCAAGACCAGCAAUUUAACCUGGGAUCUCCACAAAUGCCACCCAAAUGAGGAAAAUUGUUGGAUCGAUGAUUUCUCUGAUGCUCCAGAUGCAGGAGCCUUAUUCUCAAUCAAUAGCUCAUAAAAAUAUUACUUUCAGUAUCUAUUGGUUGGCUCGGCCAACAAAUGUCAAUGUGACAAAAGAAAUGGGACACCUCUGUUUGGCAAAAUUACUUUCGUGUUGCAGAAUUGAUGGCUGCAUUAGCAAAUUCCCACCCCUCUGAAGAGCUAUUAUACCUUGCAUUACAUCAGGCAUCAUACUAGAAGUGAAACUAUAUCACGAAGAGUGAUUUUGAGAAUACAGACUUCGAAGCAACAGUCAUGCAGCAUUCACUCUAGGAGUGUUCGACCACCAACAGCAUUGAACUGUACUGAAUGGUACAGUGCAGACGUGCAGCCGAAUGUCGCACUUGUCUCAACAAAGCCACAGAACAUAGUGUUCUGCUUGUAGAGAUAAAAAGGUGCUAAAGAUAAAAAAUAUUGUGCGGUCAAUACCUAAGCAAAUAUGUGAAGCAAUUUGUUCGGGUCUUUAAUUAUUGAUUAAACUACUAUGAGGCUUUACAGGGCUUUACAAUAAUGGGGUCAUAAGUAUAUGUCGCGGAAUAUGAAUGUUAUGAGCCAUACCACAUUUGUGUCAAAAAUUAUAAAUUUAAAGAAAAGCAUCUAGAGCAAACACACCAGCUUUAGCGAAUGCUAUAAAAAGGGAUGAAGAAAAGACUUGCAAGAACAGCAGCAUACCACAGCAACAAUUACAACCUUAUACUAAAGUAUAUACUACGGUAAACAUUAGUGUGAUAAUGCCAAAGGGUCUUCCAGCUGUAUGUCAUAAGUUGGUAGAAAGAAACAUACAUGUGAGAUAAUAAGGAAACCACGUAAACGUGUUCUCAGAAUUCUCAGAUUGAAGAGUGAUCUAUCGAUUGGGAUUCCACAAGGCAGUGUGUCACACUCUAAGCACCUGGCCUUCUGUGGCAAGCUGUUCCUGUUCUUUAAAACGAAAUGUGCUGCAGUGCUCGUGCAAGUGCCUUGUUACUUUUAGCGCAGAUAAACCUUGUUGUAAUGAGGUUGCAUCGGACACGAAAAAACCUUUUGUUACACUCUAUAUUUGUUAUGAGUGCAUGUGUGUUAUAGCUGAUAUGAGUGACAAUUGUUUAAGAUUUGCUUCGUUAUAUCCGGGUUCGUCAUAUUGAGGCUCAGUUUACCUUAAUGGGCGGCUUUGUAAUCCUCAGCAUCUCUGAUUUACCACUCUCACUUUUUCUUUAGUGUUGUUCUCAGCAGCACAAAUGGCUAUGUGAGCCAAUGUAGGCGAUUCCCGGCAACAUAGCGUCAGCAAAGCCUCAGCUCUCCCAAUUUCCUGUAAUAUUUACGAAUUUGGGCUCGUUCUACAAUUCACAUUUUAUCGGGUUUUAUGAAAAAAUAAAUUCUAUUCGCAGUUAAGUUUCACUAGGCAGUCUCUGCCCAUACCCAUGAAAGUCUUCCGAUCGUGAAAUGACACAAAAAGGGGUGUAGCUGCGUUGAGCAAGUUUUAUUCAGACAAGUUUCUGAAGCAGGAAUAAUCGACAAAAGCAAAGUCACUGAAGAAGUCACUGUGAUCUAAAAACAGCGUGUUGCUUGUCAGUUUGUGCUGUUUUAAGUUGCUGCUGCUUGUGUGCUGUGUGUAAAGAUAAGCCACCUUCAGUAAAAUGCGUUUGUAUCCCUUGAAAGACGCAUGCUCAGGGCAAAUUUCUUAAAAUAUUGCAUAUUAUAUUGCCUCCUGUGAUAGGAAUUUGGACUAUUUGAAUGGUGCGGCCGAAUGCAUGUGACUGCUGUGGAGCGGCGACGGACAAAAGGGCCCGUGUCUGGGCGGAGGUGGCAGUCACGCGAGCUGCCUGAUCUGCCUGGGCUGGCCUUCCGAACGAGCCGAGCAGUUGGUCUACCCAAGGCCGGUGUUCCUGGUUGUGCUGGCAGAACAGGCUGACCUGUCCUUGGGCCUCAACCGGCCUGCUCCACUGCUGGGCGAGCAUCUGACGCCGACAUGUUCCGGGGCAGCUAAGCCUUCUGAAGGGUCUACCCUGUGGCGGCAGACGUCCCAACCCAGCUGUCAUGCGCAUUCGGCCACGCCAUUUAAAUAGUCCAAACUCCUAUCACACCUCCCUAAUAGGAAAGUACAGAACGGCAACCAAAAUGGGGUUUUGAAUUUUAGUCGGCGUUCUGUACUCUUCCUAUUAUGCCGUUACUUCCCGACCAGACGAGAUUUCAUCAAACUCUCAAUUUCAUUAUUGCCUCCCCUUCUCACCCCCCCCCCCCCCCCACCCUUCUGGUGUUGUGUUUUUGCAAGUUUGUAUGUUCACAGAUUUGUGAGCAUGGAAAACUAUGGUGAGCACCAUGAAUCCAGGAGCCUGGUGGCCUCCUUAAAAAAGCAACAGAGACCUGGUGUUUGUCAAACAUGUUUGAGACCAGGGAAUGACCGCAGGAAAGCUGUUCGUAUUGUUAACAUUUGAUGCAUGAGCUGUCUAAUAUGGACAGGUUUACAAGACAGUCGGUGAAGGUGUAGUGGCCAAAUGUAAGUGACCACAUUGCGAUGUGACAGCCAUCGUGCCUCUGACUGCGGAAGCACUGAAGAUGUAAAUGUUAAUACAUUGUUCAAUGGGCAACCAUGUUCCAUUGAAAUCAAGAGAAGCCAGUUUUUAACAUCACAAUAAAUGAGGUUGUGUGGUUGUUACCUUU